CCCUACUUGAGCCCUUCACAUCGACCACUCACUGCCCCAAGAGAGUAACAAUGGCAAUACAGGUGCUCAUACCCAUACUGCUGUUCUGUUCAGAGGCCUUCGGUCAAUCCUCAAUGCCCACGGACUGUGCCGACAUCUACGACCAAGGCCUCAAAGCAAGUGGAGUUUACACCAUAUACCCUGCAGGCCCCACGUCGCCUCAGUACUCAUACUGUGAUAUGGAGACAGAUGGCGGGAAGUGGACCGUGUUUCAGAGGAGGAUGGAUGGGAGUGUGAACUUCUACAGAGGAUGGGAGCAGUACAAGAAUGGCUUUGGACAUGCAGCCGGAGAAUACUGGCUGGGUUUGGAAGCCAUCCAUCGCCUCACUGCAAAGGGAAACUAUGAGCUGAGAGUAGACAUGGAGGACUUUAAGGGGAAUAAAGCAUUUGCCAAAUACUCCUCGUUUUCCAUUUGCAACGAACUGGACGGCUACAGGCUCACAGUGAGCGGUUUUCAAAAUGGAGGCGCUGGGGAUUCUUUGACUUACCACACUGAACAGAAGUUUACCACAUUUGACCGUGACCAAGACUUAAAUGAUGGCAACUGUGCGGUCGCUGUAAUGGGACCAUUUUGGCACAACUCUUGCUACUACGCAAACCCAAACGGCCUGUACACCUGGGGUCAAAACUCUCAGCUCGGAGCGAACUGGCGAGGCUGGAAAGAGUUCAAUUCUUUAAAGGCUAUUUCCAUGAAGAUACGACCACUAAUGAACUAACCAGUACACCAUUUCCUCAUCUCUGUUACAUGUAUGAUGCAAUACAAAUAUUUAUUUUUAAAUCAAAUGCCUUUUAUCUCAAAUUAAAUUACUUACCUUUCACAACUUCAGACCCUCUAUGCCAUCAUGCCAAGCAAUAGACCAACUAUCACCAUCUUUUUAUAUGAAGAGGCAACAUACAAACCAAAAUUCAAAUUUCUUUCAUUGUGGGAUCGAGAGAAACAUUUUUUAUUUUUUCAAUUAUUCUGUAUGCCUGGUACACAUGGAGAAAUUGACAAUAAAGCUUGACUUUGACUUUGAAAUA